CUUUCUUCGAGACAGCUCUAUUCUUCAUAGCGGGACAUGUUUAACAAAAUGAACAAAUCUAAUCGAAAUUAUUCCCGUACGAUUGACCCGUCUUCAGUAUGUUCUGAGGCCUGCGUUCGCUUGGAAGAAACCUUAUCCUCGACAUCGUCCACCAGCAGUUUAAGUAAUGAAUCAUUUUGCGAGUUCGAGCAACAGAAAGAAGAAUAUUCUGACGAGAGUGAAAGCGAUUGUCUGCGUGUUAAUCACCUCCCUUCGAGUGGUCGGGAGAGCAAAAGCCUUAUUUUACAUUUUCGAAAUUACCCCGAGGGUGCGGAAUUGAAGUCCGAUGACGAAAAGUCGGAGAAGCUUUCUGAAGUUCUGGAGGAGCCAGAAGAUCGGUUCGUUUCUGAAUGGUCCAGCAAUAGUGAGGAUCACAGCAAUCCGUGCCUACGAGAGCGCAUUGAGACUCUUAAAGGAACGGUGGCCAAAUUGAGUGAUGAACUCAGUGAAGAAGUAAGACUCUGGAGGAAGGAACGCCAAGGGUUUGAACUUCUGCGAGAGAGAUCCGAUAUUUUGGUAAUGGGAGAGGUAACGGCAGCUGCACGUGAAGCUGCGGAAGCGUACGCAGCUGAAUCGCCUCUCUCGGACAAUAUCAGCGAUCUUUUCGGCAUAAAUUCCGAACACACUCUAAGUGAGUUGACGAUUCUCGAGUACGAGAAGAAACUUGCCAAAUAUCAGAAUGCCCUGGCUCAAGCACAGGCCGAGAAGCGGUAUGAAAUGCGUCGUCGACUCGUCGCUAAUGCUUACCGCCAGAAGCUCGUGGAGGUCGAGAGACUUUGCAACGAGGAGCUCGAGAGAAUACGGGAAAAUGCGAGCUCUCUUCGACCACUCAAUGAAAUGAUUUCGCGUUGGCAGGAGAAUGGAAAGAACGAGGGAAAUCGUGGCGACCAUAUGCUCGUACCGAAAAUUCAUCCUACUUUAUUGUCUCCUGCGGAAGACGAAAUCUAUAGGAAAGACGACGUCGGAGAGCGAGAAGAGAGUAAAAAUUCUCACAGUGGCGAUUUUUUUAAUCUUCAAAAGGCUAACCAUUUUUCUUGGGGCACCUUAUCCAUUUUCCAUUCCGGCCUUUGAUUUAUCCAUCACCGUUACAAAAUUUGAUAUACUAAAUUCCUUAAAAAUUUUGUAUGAAUCGUAACAUGAUUGAAAUAAGAACAAUAGGAGUAAUACGUUUAUCUAGUAUUCAUAUUCUACAAAUAUUUGCUUGGAUAGAGAUGCAACGGCGUCGAUCAAUGAAAUGUGGACGAACGUUCGCUUCUUUGUGUUAUUCUUCAUUAUUCAACAAUUGAGAA